AUGGAGGUUAGUACCACUGAGAGUGACCAGGACCUUGGCUCAGACCAGGACCUUGGCUCAGACCAGGACCUUGGCUCAGACCAGGACCUUGGCUCAGACCAGGACCUUGGCUCAGACCAAGACCUUGGCUCAGACCAGGACCUUGGCUCAGACCAGGACCUUGGCUCAGACCAGGACUUUGGCUCAGACCAGGACCUUGGCUCAGACCAAGACCUUGGCUCAGACCAGGACCUUGGCUCAGACCAGGACCUUGGCUCAGACCAGGACCUUGGCUCAGACCAGGACCUUGGCUCAGACCAAGACCUUGGCUCAGACCAGGACCUUGGCUCAGACCAGGACCUUGGUUCAGACCAGGACCUUGGCUCAGACCAGGACCUUGGCUCAGACCAGGACCUUGGCUCAGACCAAGACCUUGGCUCAGACCAGGACCUUGGCUCAGACCAAGACCUUGGCUCAGACCAGGACCUUGGCUCAGACCAAGACCUUGGCUCAGACCAAGACCUUGGCUCAGACCAAGACCUUGGUUCAGACCAGGACCUUGGCUCAGACCAGGACCUUGGCUCAGACCAGGACCUUGGCUCAGACCAGGACCUUGGCUCAGACCAGGACCUUGGCUCAGACCAAGACCUUGGCUCAGACCAGGACCUUGGCUCAGACCAAGACCUUGGCUCAGACCAAGACCUUGGCUCAGACCAAAACCUUGGCUCAGACCAGGACUUUGGCUCAGACCAGGACCUUGGCUCAGACCAAGACCUUGGCUCAGACCAGGACCUUGGCUCAGACCAGGACCUUGGCUCAGACCAGGACCUUGGCUCAGACCAGGACCUUGGCUCAGACCAGGACCUUGGCUCAGACCAAGACCUUGGCUCAGACCAGGACCUUGGCUCAGACCAGGACCUUGGCUCAGACCAGGACCUUGGCUCAGACCAGGACCUUGGCUCAGACCAGGACCUUGGCUCAGACCAAGACCUUGGCUCAGACCAGGACCUUGGCUCAGACCAAGACCUUGGCUCAGACCAGGACCUUGGCUCAGACCAGGACCUUGGCUCAGACCAAGACCUUGGCUCAGACCAAGACCUUGGCUCAGACCAAGACCUUGGCUCAGACCAGGACCUUGGCUCAGACCAGGACCUUGGCUCAGACCAAGACCUUGGCUCAGACCAAGACCUUGGUUCAGACCAAGACCUUGGCUUAGACCAAGACCUUGGCUCAGACCAAGACCUUGGCUCAGACCAAGACCUUGGCUCAGACCAGGACCUUGGCUCAGACCAAGACCUUGGCUCAGACCAGGACCUUGGCUCAGACCAGGACCUUGGCUCAGACCAGGACCUUGGCUCAGACCAAGACCUUGGCUCAGACCAGGACCUUGGCUCAGACCAAGACGUUGGCUCAGACCAGGACCUUGGCUCAGACCAAGACCUUGGCUCAGACCAGGACCUUGGCUCAGACCAGGACCUUGGCUCAGACCAGGACCUUGGCUCAGACCAGGACCUUGGCUCAGACCAGGACCUUGCCUCAGACCAAGACCUUGGCUCAGACCAGGACCUUGGCUCAGACCAGGACCUUGGCUCAGACCAGGACCUUGCCUCAGACCAAGACCUUGGCUCAGACCAGGACCUUGGCUCAGACCAGGACCUUGGCUCAGACCAGGACCUUGGCUCAGACCAGGACCUUGGCUCAGACCAGGACCUUGGCUCAGACCAAGACCUUGGCUCAGACCAAGACCUUGGCUCAGACCAAGACCUUGGCUCAGACCAAGAUCUUGGCUCAGACCAGGACCCUGGCUCAGACCAGGACCUUGGCUCAGACCAAGACCUUGGCUCAGACCAGGACCUUGGCUCAGACCAGGACCCUGGCUCAGAUCAGGACCUUGGCUCAGACCAGGACCUUUACUCAGACCAAGACCUUGGCUCAGACCAGGACCUUGGCUCAGACCAGGACCUUGGCUCAGACCAAGACCUUGGCUCAGACCAGGACCUAGGCUCAGACCAAGACCUUGGCUCAGACCAACUCCUUGGCUCAGACCAGGACCCUGGCUCAGAUCAGCACCUUGGCUCAGACCAGGACCUUUACUCAGACCAAGACCUUGGCUCAGACCAGGACCUUGGCUCAGACCAGGACCUUGGCUCAGACCAAGACCUUGGCUCAGACCAGGACCUAGGCUCAGACCAAGACCUUGGCUCAGACCAAGUCCUUGGCUCAGACCAGGACCUUGGCUCAGACCAGGUCCUUGGCUCAGACCAGGACCUUGGCUCAGACCAAGUCCUUGGCUCAGACCAGGACCCUGGCUCAGACCAGGACCUUGGCUCAGACCAGGACCAUGGCUCAGACCAGGACCUUGGCUCAGACCAAGUCCUUGGCUCAGACCAGGACCUUGGCUCAGACCAGGACCCUGGCUCAGACCAGGACCUUGGCUCAGACCAGGACCCUGGCUCAGACCAGGACCUUGGCUCAGACCAGGACCUUGGCUCAGACCAGGACCCUGGCUCAGACCAGGACCUUGGCUCAGACCAGGACCCUGGCUCAGACCAGGACCCUGGCUCAGACCAGGUCCUUGGCUCAGACCAGGACCUUGGCUCAGGCCAGGACCUUGGCUCAGACCAGGACCCUGGCUCAGACCAGGACCUUGGCUCAGACCAGGACCUUGGCUCAGACCAAGACCUUGGUUCAGACCAGGUCCUUGGCUCAGACCAGGACCUUGGCUCAGACCAGGACCCUGGCUCAGACCAGGACCUUGGCUCAGACCAGGACCUUGGCUCAGACCAAGACCUUGGUUCAGACCAAGACCUUGGCUCAGACCAGGACCCUGGCUCGGACCAGGACCUUGGCUCAGACCAGGACCUUGGCUCAGACCAGGACCUUGGCUCAGACCAACACCUUGGCUCAGACCAGGACCCUGGCACAGACCAGGACCUUGGCUCAGACCAAGACCUUGGCUCAGACCAGGACCUUGGUUCAGACCAGGACCUUGGCUCAGACCAGGACCUUGGCUCAGACCAGGACCUUGGCUCAGACCAAGACCUUGGUUCAGACCAAGACCUUGGCUCAGACCAGGACCCUGGCACAGACCAAGACCUUGGUUCAGACCAAGACCUUGGCUCAGACCAAGACCUUGGCUCAGACCAGGACCCUGGCUCAGACCAGGACCUUGGCUCAGACCAAGACCUUGGCUCAGACCAGGACCUUGGCUCAGACCAGGACCUUGGCUCAGACCAGGACCUUGGCUCAGACCAGGACCUUGGCUCAGACCAGGACCUUGGCUCAGACCAAGACCUUGGCUCAGACCAGGACCUCGGAAGUUACUCACAACUUACUCACAUCUAUACAGCAGUAUAUAGCCCGAGUAUACUCUAG